GACACCAAAUCCACGCCGUCCCCAGGGUGAGUUUUGAGAAAUCUAGCGGUCUUUCCAGAAUGGACGUUUUAGCAGUUCCCCAAAAGAGAGAAGAGGGCUGGUACCUGCCUCUUAUGGCACCAAACACAAAGGGACCAAAGUUUGCAUGGCUUGAUCCAUCAAGCUAUUGCAAUUCACAGGCACUGUCAGAUUGCGUAAAGGAUCUUCUCAAACCAUUCCAGAAUGAGACCAUUGACCUGGUGGCUGGAAUAGAUGCCAUGGGCUUCAUCCUCGGGUCAGCUGUGGCAGUAACUUUAGGAAAAGGAUUUUUGGCCAUUCGAAAAGCUGGACACUUGUGUGUUCAAACUCGCACUCAGGACUACAGUGACUAUUCUGGACAAGAGAAACUAAUGGAAGUGCGUGUUGAUGUGUUAAAGCCAGGUCUGCGGGUUCUUAUAGUAGACCAGUGGAUUGAGACUGGAGGAACUAUGAGAGCAGCUAUCAAACUGGUGGAGAAUCAAGGAGCUACUGUUGUAGGCAUUGCUGCUGUGGCUAUUGAAAAUGGUGUGGGAGGAAAGUGGCUAAAGGAAAACUAUAAAUAUUCCCACUGCAUUCCAAAUGAGCUGCAAUCUCAGAUAGACAGCCAAUACCUGGAGUCUUUUAAGAAUUUUAGUGGUUAAAUAUUAAGAAAUGAGGGAAAACUUCAUGUAAAAUUUUAAAUUCUAAGGGGAAUCAGCCCUUGAUUCAUUUGCGGGUUGUGAUGCAUUAUUGUAUGUGAAGAAGUAUGAAUCUUGUGAGGACUGAUCUUUCUAAGUUUAAAUGGAUUUGAUCCAGUACAUUUUUCAUGUUUUAAGCAUUCAGUCAUAUUGGCCAUAAAUAGUCUGACGUCUGUUACACAAAUACUAGUAGAGGUCACAAUCAGAUUGUAACUCAGAUUUCUAACUUAUUACUCUCUUGAAAAUGGUAAAAUCAAUAAUGAAUUUCAUGUAAACUAAAGAUUUGAUCAAAAUACUAACCGUAUUAAGAUCAGGAUUUAAUAAAAAAUAACAGUAUUAUGAUAUAUUAACACAUUUGGGAAAACACCCAUUUUAUUUAUCGAGAGGUUUUUAAAUAAUGAAAUAAAUGGCUCGUUUAAGGAGAAACAUUUUAUUUAGAAUACAAAUAUAAAUCACAGGAAAUGAAGCAUACAAUUUGAACAUGUAUCAAGGAAAAUGACCCUUUUUAAUAAACAGGAUUUUUGAUAUAGAAAAAUACAUUUAUCACUAUUUAUUGCUUUUUGUGCAACUCAUGCAUGAUCCUCUUGUGUACCUUUUUUUUUUUUUUAAAUCACUACUGACCGAAAACUAACCAAAACGUGAGUAUUUUUAAUGAACACAAUUUAAUCACUGAUAAUUAUUGUGCAUAGAUCUCUUGGGAAAACCGAAUACUGCUUUGCCACAAAUGCAAACCACAAGUUUUCCAACAAAGGAAUGUUUUCUUUCAUCCAGCAGAUAUUCAGUUACACCCUAUGAAUAACAAACCACGCUGCUCUGUGUACAGUCACAUAGUUGGAAUAUUGUCCAUCCAACUUUUCUUAUCUUGUAGAUUCUCCCUAUGUAUGUAUGUAUGUAUAAGUACAUUUGUGUGUAUGUUUUGCUUUGGUACCAUUAUGUUGGUGCAAAUGUUUGCAUUUUCACAUGGCCAGUCUUUACUGACAACAGUUGGUCUGUUUCUUCUUGGAAGUUGCAUACAUGUUUGAGUUGCUGUUGAUUUCUGUGUGGAGAAAAUAAAGUUUAAUUUAAAUUCAAA